AUGUAUUUUGCACUGGGUACUUUGGCAUGCAAGAUAGAAGGUUUCACAGCCACCCUUGGAGGAAUGGUCAGCUUGUGGUGUCUGGCUGUUGUGGCUUUUGAAAGAUUCCUGGUCAUCUGUAAGCCCAUGGGCAGCUUCACCUUCAGAGAAAGCCAUGCCAUCCUUGGUUGUAUCUUCACUUGGAUAAUUGGGCUUGUGGCAGCUUCUCCUCCUCUGCUGGGAUGGAGCAGAUACAUCCCAGAAGGUCUUCAGUGUUCCUGUGGACCAGACUGGUACACUGUAAAUAACAAGUGGAACAAUGAAUCCUACGUAAUUUUCAUCUUCUGCUUCUGCUUUGGGUUUCCUCUGGCUGUCAUUAUGUUUUCCUACGGGAGAUUGCUCCUUACGCUGCAUGCUGUUGCAAAGCAACAGGAACAGUCCGCCACCACUCAGAAAGCUGAGCGGGAGGUAACCAGGAUGGUGAUUGUGAUGGUCCUUGGAUUCUUGGUGUGCUGGCUUCCUUACGCUUCUUUUGCUUUAUGGGCAGUAACUCACCGUGGUGAAACAUUUGACUUGCGUAUGGCUUCCAUUCCAUCUGUAUUUUCAAAAGCUUCCACUGUAUACAACCCAUUUAUCUAUAUUUUCAUGAACAGGCAGGUGAGUUUUCCUGACAUUAAUUCUCUUUGUUUACCUUUAAUUUUUAUACAAUGUAUUGUUUUUUUAUUACUGGAAACAGGGUAG